GCACUCUCUCCGACGCGUUUGAAGUCUUAGACAGCAUGGCAUACUACCAGCCGAUGGUACACACACGCACACACACACACGUUAUUUGACAACUUGUCUCUGGAGCCAAAGUUUAACUAUCUGCAUGCCUGCACGCAGUGUGUAUUGAACACGCACGACCACGAUCUAAUGAAUAUUCAUCGGCGAGACUGACGUCAUUUUACGAGUCUCCUUUCAAACUUGGAUCAUAAGUGGAAAAACGAAAUUUGGAGCUCCAACGCCGCGCCGAGAGUAUAAAGUGUGUCUUAAAACAUGGGUGAAUCAGUGAAUGAAUUUAAGCUUGAACAGCCUCCAGAAGAUGGGAUCUCAGCCGUCAAAUUUGGACCCAAGUCCUCUCAAUUCUUACUGGUGUCUUCCUGGGAUGAGACAGUGAGGCUCUAUGAUGUCCAAGCCAACCAACUCAGGGCAAAGUACAAGCAUGACAGGCCUGUACUUGAUUGCUGCUUUUGUGAUCAAACACAUGUAUACAGUGGUGGAUUAGACAAUAUGCUAAAGCUGUAUGAUAUCAACACAAGCACAGAGAAUGUACUUGGAAACCAUGAGGAUGCUGUGAAGUGUGUAGAGUUCUGUACAGAUGUCAAUGUGGUUGUAACAGGUAGCUGGGAUCAGACUGUCAAGCUAUGGGAUCCAAGGAUAGGCAGAUCAACUGGAUCAUUCUCACAACCAGACAAGGUCUACACAAUGGCUGUAACAGGCGACCGGCUAGUAGUGGGUACCGCAGGCCGCAAGGUUCUCGUCUGGGAUCUCCGCAACAUGGGCUAUGUCCAGCAGAGGAGAGAGUCUAGUCUCAAGUACCAGACCCGAUGCAUACGAGCCUUCCCUAAUGGUCAAGGCUAUGUAUUGAGCAGCAUUGAGGGUAGGGUCGCUGUGGAGUACCUUGACCCAAGUCCAGAUGUCCAGAAGAAGAAAUAUGCUUUCAAGUGUCAUAGAUUAAAGGUUGAUGGUGUGGAGCAGAUAUAUCCAGUCAAUGCAAUUGCUUUCCACAACAGACACAACACAUUUGCAACAGGAGGUUGUGAUGGAUUUGUUAACAUCUGGGAUGGUUUCAACAAGAAACGUCUGUGUCAGUUCCAUUGUUAUCCUACAAGUGUCAGCUCUCUGGCAUUCAGUAAUGAUGGUUCAGUGCUUGCUAUAGCAUCAUCUUAUACAUAUGAGGAAGGGGAUAUAGAUCAUCCAGAAGAUUCGGUUUUCAUCAGGAAAGUAUCUGACCAAGAAACUAAACCAAAGAGUUGAGAGGGCACAUUCGCUUUAGAUGGUAACAUUUUUAGAUUGUAACAAAUCACUGUACUAUUUGGUGGAAGUCACACGCCUUCUUCUCUAAUGUUAAACCAUUACCUAUUGAAACAAGAUGAUCCCAGUUCAAAGCCAUUAGGAAUCUCAGAAUUCAGUGGGUUAACUUUUAAUAAUAAGUGUAUUGUCUGCUUUACAUCGGUCAAAUCAAAUAUGGAGUUCUUAAUAGUCUGUGAUUUUCACAAAAAGGGUAUUAAAGACUACCAAAAUCGUUGCAUCUGAUUAACUAAUAGCUUAUUUUUCACUGAAAAUUAAUGAGAUGAUUUAUGAAACAUUCGAUAAAUAUGUGAAAUGACCUCAAAACGAGUAUGGCUAGCGAUAAGGAAAACAAAUUUCACGACAACAGUAUGUCAUAUUUGAAUCUAGAUUUCACCAUUAGUAUCUUACCUAAAUUUCAUUCGGCAAAAUUUGAUUUUGAAAAACAUAUUUUACAGUGAAAAUAUAUGAAUUAACAUAAUUUUAACAACAUAUAUAUCUGUCAUAGAAAUAAUGUUGCAUAUACUUAUAUGUUUUCCUUAUAAUUUGCCCUAUCCAUCAAAGAUAUAAAUCAAUUUAUGGCUAAAAAGCACAGCUAAAGUUAGAGAUAUGCAUCGCUGAUUUAGUUUUUCACAGAUUUCACAGAUUUUUCUCAGACAAACUGACUUUAUGGGCAUGGGGUAUGGAUGUGGGAUUUUCAACUGUAUUUGAUCGCAUUAAAUAAGUUGUAUUGCAAGUUUAUAAAAACAGAAUCUAGUGUUAAUUCACUUUAAUGUACAUUUUUCUACAAAGUGCAUUUUUGGGGCUAAAAUAUAGAUAUUUUCAAGAGUCAUACCUAUAUUAAAUCAGGUUAAAUUUCAAGUACCGGUAAGGCUCGCACUGAGAUACUGCAUAUUCCAUUUGUUUGCAAAGUCAUGCAUAUUACUUCAUGAAUGAUUUUAUGAACACAGUCUGGGAUUUGUUGCAGAUAGAAUUGCAAUUGAAAUCAAAUGCAAUUAAAAAUCUAUUAACUUCAGAUUUUUUUUUUUUUAACUUUGCACAAGUUCCAGUUAGUGCUCAAAUUUUUUUCUUUGCAAGAGGCCAAAAGAUCAGGUAAUUUUAGCUUCAUCCACCAGUAAUGCGUGUCUCACCCAUGUACUCUGUUUAUAGUCUAAUUAUGAUCCCUAUAUUACAACUUGAAUUGUUUGUAAAUAAGUAUGGUUCAAUUACUGUUGGUAGAUUUGGAUUUAUUCUAUAUGCUUCAUCUGGAACCAAACAUUGAAAUGGAUCAUGUGAAGAAGGUGGUUUUCAAAAUAUUAUUUUGAUUCAAAUAUGAAUUAAUUUUGUCAAAAUUUUAGAUGCCAUUCUCCAUAAUAAUUGUUCUAAAUCAAUGAUGCAUAGCUAAUUUCUGCACUGUGAAAGAAAUUGAAAUAAGUCAGCAGUGGUCAUGUUUAGAUGAUUCUUCCUUUGCCAACUAUAUGAUAUGGAAAUGGAAGUUCAUACUAACUUUGCAACCACAUACAAAACAUAGAAAAUACAUUCUUCGUAAUCCUACUGUAAAGUACAUGUAAAAUACUUCUUGAAGAAUUACAGCAGUUGCUGAAGAAAUUUCCACCUGUCACAAAAAAUGAAAUCUUGGCCUCCACACAAUUGCUCAACAGACUUUACUUUGUAUAAAUCAGUCUUUUUUUUCUUCCCAUUUCUUCAUUGUACCCUUUAGUGUGUAUCCUCAAUUGUACCAUGGUACAAAAUUAUGGAAUAUGCAGAUUUUGUGUACGUAAUCUUAUUUCAUCGCAAGCAGCAAGUAUAUGGUAGUCCAAUAAUGAAUGCGGGCAUUUAGCAAAGGGUGCUAAAUUUAUGCGCGAUAAUACAAGAAAUCGGCAAAGUUUGUGAUUUUGUACCUUGGUAAAAUUGAAACCUAUUUUGAGAAUAUUAGCCUUUUUGUUUUGCUUCACAUACGCUGUAAAUUUCAUGUGUUGUAUACUUGAGUAUGUCAGUGAAUAUGUUUUGAUGCACUAGAUUCCUUGAUGUAAAAUUUGUAUAAAUGUAAAUAAAGUUUCUAGUACAUUGUAUAA